UUGUAGAUUUAUAUAUAGUAUAGAUAGAUAUAAUGAAUUCAAUCUAUAAUCAUGGUUUAAAACAGACUCAAACAAUAUCUCGAGAUUUGUUAGAAUUCGAAAAGAAUUUAUCUACAUCCCCUUUAUCAUUACAAGGUGCAAUUACCACAUCCAUUACUGCAUUCAGAAAAACAAUUAGAGAAUAUAAGGACUUAGUAGAAAAGGACACAGAUGCGACUUCAAAUGCCAAGCAUGAAGGUAGAAUAGAGAAGUUCAGCCAAGACUUACUGGAGUUUACUACUAAAUUUGAUAGCUUGAAAUCUCAGAGAGAAGUUAUCGCUCAAGAGAACAAUAAACAAGAAUUAUUGGGUAGAAGACAUCUCCAUAACCCUGAUUCAAAUGGUGGACAGGCAUCUGAAAACCCAUACGAUCCAACCAACCAACAGCAACAACAACAGGACUUAUCAUACCUGGAAGGAUUAUACAACGAAAGAUUAUCAUUGGCUAGAGGAUCUCAACAGUUAGAUCAUAUAUUGGAAAUGGGACAACAAGCAUUUGAAGAUAUCGUCGAACAGAAUGAAAUAUUAAGAAAAGUUCAAGCAAAGUUUGAACAAAGUUUAGUAACUUUAGGGGUUAGUCAAGGUACCAUUAGAAGUAUCGAGAAAAGAGCAAAACAGGACAAAUGGCUAUUUUGGUUUGCUUUAAUCUUAACCUUGGUUAUAUUCUGGUAUAUUUUCAAGUUCUUCAGAUGAACAUUUCCUCAUUAAAUAAUAAACUAACUUGUAUAAUAGUAUGUAAUCAAAUGUUAUAUUUUUAAAUUUUAGUCUUUAUAUGUUACCCCGUAAUAUAUGUAAGAUAAAGCCAGAUCAAUGUCAUGUGGGCGAAGCGAAAAACACAUGAAUGAAAUAUGUCAAAUUGCUUAAUAAGAAUAAUUCAAACUUUUUCAACCAAUUACAUUCUUUGAUUGUCAAGCAUAAUUUCUACUUAAGGCAUAAUAAGGCUAAGCCAAAUAGCAACUUUCAAGUUUACCACGAAGUUAAACCAUUAAAAGUAACAUUACUCUCUCACAGAUAUAACCUAAGCCUAGACCAACCCUUUUUUUGAGGGUUUACCAGUUGGCAACUGACACUUAAAUUGGCAAAAGUAAAAAGUAUGUCCCACCAGAAAUUUGCCUAAGCCUAAUUUCCUUAUAUUAUAUACCUCUUUGGUAGUUUGGAGAUUCCCC